UUCUCCAAGUGUCGGUGCUUUUCUUGUGUCCUUGUCGGUCUGAUGGAGUCGUUUGCUGACUUUGACAACGCCACAAUCUUUACAGCAAAAGCUCCAGUUGAUGAGGAAGGGAAACUUAUCGAGCGCUGGGCUCCACUUGGUGCAAACGAUAGCCCGGAUUUCAGCGCGGAUGAGAAUAUGUCUCUUUCUGGCAGUGCAUCAUCUGACAAGCUGCGAAGCAUCACUGAAGAACACGAGAUUUUGAAUUCGGCUUUGCUGUUGAUUACAUCGCAUUGUGCCCAGGUCCAAUUUCGACUUGAGCAAGUGCUUCAAGCUGAUCCAGAAGAAAAGGAGCUACUUCUUAAGGACUUGGAACAGUUUGCUUGGAAGGGUGUACCAGAUUUGCAUGCAUUGCGGUUAAACCAAGUGGACUUACAGAGCUCUACUGAAAAAUCGCAAGCUGAUCAACAGGGAAAAAAUAUGUCUCACAUGAUUGAACAGUUGAAGUCACAGCUCAAUGACUUGGAACAGUUUGCCUAUAAAUCCGGUGAAAUCCAACAACCGCCGACACAAAAUGUACUUGAAAAGCAGCGGCUUGUGCUAGAGGAGUUGGGCAGGCAUUUGGAUCUCAACGUUUCCGAGUUUCCUACUCUCACUGCAGAAGAAAUAAGAGAGCGCGUAAACUCCGGUCUGACUCAGGCCUUGAAAAGCAUGACAACACUAAUGGAUGACACCAGCUCAGGCACUCAUGUAAAUGGUGCGAGUUUGCGAUUCCCUGAUGCAACUACGACCUUUUGCUAUUCCUUACUUGACAGGAUAAAUGGCUUCGUUGUAGACGAGGGUACACCAGACUCGGUGAUCGGUAAGGCUCUUGAGGCAUUUAGACGAUAUCAGCAGGAAGCGCGAAGUCGAACUCCUCCCGCUGCCACAUGUGAGGGAGAAGGCGAACCCGGUUACGUCGAGGGUGGCUACCAAAUUGGCCUUUCACGUCGUCGACAGAAUGGACAGGUGAAUACUGGUUUGCCUUCCUCUCGCCUUUCCUUUGUUAAUCAAAAGACCGUGGGAUUAAUCACACGAGCCUUGACAAUGCUUCAAGUGUUCGCCACCAUGCAGUUAGCAAGUCGCCGUGCCAAGAUGCAUCAACAAGCCGAAAGGUAUGCCCAAUCAGCGGGUACACGAAAGGUUGUAAAGCAUGCAAACGGUGCCAAAAUGCAUCAUUGGGGUGACAUUCGAGCGCGCCUGGAAAUGGCUGUAGAGAUUGUGCUGGAAAAGGCAGAGCAUCUUCAUCAAUUGAGACAAAAACACUCUCAAGAUAUCGAAGCAUCUCCCGACUCGGCUUCUCCAACCUCAAAUCAAAGGGUCCGACUACUGAGCGACAGUCGAUUUCUCCUAGGAAGUACCGAAGUUAAGCCACAAAAUGCAAGUUUUUUUAUUGAAUGCAUAAAAGCCGAGAGGGACCUAAAUUUGGUCGUGCGUAAACUCUUCUGUCCGGCUCUUGAGGCACUAAUUGAGCAUGGCUCGCGUCUGCCGGCGUCUAGAGGCGGAAAAGUUGGUGAUAGUAACAAAACCUCUGUUUUGAGUUCCCUCUUAUCGCUAAUGGGCUGUUACUCUCGAAAUCGCCUCGAGGUAAUCAGCUACCCAAACCGAUUCAUCGAUAACAAUGAUGAGGAAGAUGAGGAGGAUGAUGGUUCUGAUGAGGGUAAUGAGGGUACAAAGGUAGAAGAUGAACCCAGAAGACAUUAUCUUGAAUCAUCGGAGGAGAAGCGAGCGCGCGUUCUUCGAAAACGAAAUGCUCAGAGCUCAGCUUGGGCCAUAUUCCUCAAGUACUACAUUUUGACGGUUAGUUUGCAUCAUAGAUGGAACAAUGUGUCUUAA